AUGAAUAGCCUCUGCCCAUCCUUCUCAAAUUCAACCUCUCAACCACCAAUAAAUCCACCAGCAAGCAUGACAAGGCGGAUAGGAUUCACAGUGAGUGGAACAGUUCAAGGUCCGUUCUAUCACAUAACGUUUCUCGAUUCUCCGGGCCGGAUAUAUAAUAUCUUAGACCCCUUGGGUAAUAGAGUAAAUUUCCGCUAUUUCACCCAGAAAAAAGCCAAAAGCUAUGGGGUAAUUGGCUGGGUACGAAAUACGGAUGAUGGAAAGGUAUCAGGAGAAGCCCAAGGAAACCCCUCCUCAAUCGAGAAAUUAAUCGGAGAUCUCAAGAAUGGACCUCGUCAUGCACAAGUUACGAAUUAUGAAGAAAGAGAUUUGGAUAUCAAGGGUGAUGGAACGGAGGAGAAGAGUUUUGAGGUUGUUAGAUGA